UAUAAUCUUAUCCCUUCAUCGUCGUCUUCGUGAGUAAGAAAAACAUUCCUAUAAAUAAGACAAAUAUAUUGGAUCUCGCACGAACGUAGAGAGCGAAUUGAUUUCUACAAAAUUCAUCGCAAUUAAUCAAUUUGAUCGUGUUGUUGGUUUAGUUUGAUCCUUUCACGACAGGUUGCUCACUCGUUUGCGUUUCUUUUUUUUUAUUAUUGCCUACAAAAAUUAUGAAUAAAAUUCACGUGGAAGUUGAUGCCCAAUUCGGUCGAAUUAUCGUUCUAUCGGACGACGUUAAGUCGGGUGAAGUUGUCAUCGAUGAACUCCCAUUUGCGGUCGGUCCAAAACAGCACAGCGGAAUAGUUUGUCUCGGAUGCUAUAGAUAUUUGCAAUUCGAUGAAGAUGGUGAUUCCAUUGAUAGAUGUGAGAAAUGUGAUUGGCCUUUGUGCGGAAUGUGCAUAGAUUCAGUGGAACAUAAUUUGGAAUGUGAAGUCUUCCAUAAGGCUAAUGUAAAAUUUGCAGGCAAUGUCAGUGCAGAUGGCGUAUGCACUCAAUUGGAUUGCAUAACUCCUUUAAGAGUCCUCUUGAACAAGGAAAUCGAUCCAGAACGAUGGGAACGAGAAGUCGCGCCAAUGGAAUACCACGAUCAAUCCCGUCGUCAAAUGACUGAAGUGUGGAAUGCUGAUCUCGUCAAUAUUGCUCAAUAUUUACGAGGACCUUGCAAAUUAGAUAGAUUCUCGGAGGAUUUGAUAAUGCGCGUUGUUGGUAUCCUCGAAGUGAAUGCCUUUGAAGGACGUACAUCACAUGGCCAUACAAUCAGGUGUUUAUAUCCCAAAACAGGGAUAUUGGCUCAUAAUUGUGUUCCGAAUACAGCUCGCAGUAUUUAUCCAAGUGAUCGAUUUCGAAUUCGCUUAAGGGCUAUGAAAGAUCUUAAAGCAGGACAGCAGCUUCAUCAUUCGUACACUUUUACGCUCAACGGGACAGCAGCUCGACAGGAACAUAUUCGGAAUGGAAAGUUCUUCACCUGCAGGUGUGCACGAUGCUCUGAUCCAACAGAGUUGGGCACGUACUUUAGCUCUUUUAAAUGCAUAUCAUGUGAUCUUGGUUUUCUCUCGUCCAUCGAUCCUUUUGAUUCCACAGCCGACUGGCGAUGUAAUCAUUGUAGGUUCACAACACCUGCAGAAGGGAUUUUGAAGAACAUUUCUACCAUGCAAGCUGAGGUAGCCGAUGUCCAAGCCAUGGAUAUGAGCCCCGAACGACUUCAAGAAUGCGAAGCUCUUCUCCGUAAAUAUCGCAUGAUCCUCCAUCCGUCACACUACAUCCAAACCAGUCUCAAACAAAGUCUCAUCGAGAUGUAUGGACGGGUUCAUGGUUAUGAGAUGGUUGAACUUCCCGACAUCUUACUUGAACGAAAAGAAGAACUAUGUCGUCAAGUUCUGGGAGUGUUAAAUGUUUUCGAACCUGGUCUAAGUAGAGCACGAGCUAUGCUAUUGUACGAGUUGCAUGUUCCAUUGGUGUUGCUGGCCAAGAGUGGUUUCAUUGCAAAAGUUCUGAGUUUAAGUAAUUUAAAGGAGAGAAUUCAGGAGGCAGUGAGUAUUCUUGAGGAAAGUGUAAGUAUAUUGAAGUACGAGGAUCCAUCGUCGCAGGAAGGAUUAUUGGGAAGAGUAGCCAGUAAGGCAUUGGAAUCACUUAAAUUAAGUAUUGAAGCAAUGUGAAAUGUUAGAAAGAGUAUUAUAAUUAUGCAAUAAAGGGAAAUAAAGUUUAUUAAAAAAGAG